CGCAGCUAACGCAACACAUUUGCACUCUUGUCUUUAACGCUUCAUAUGCUUUUGCAUUCUUUUGGUAUUAUAAAGUUUAUUUGUGUUUCUUUGUUCACUUAGUUAAAUUAAAAAAAUGAAUGUCUACGAGUUUGAAAAAAGUCUCUUGGAACGAAUGGAGGAAUCGAUCAAUGUUUUACAAUGCAAGAAUUCACCUGUUCUAGCCGCAGACGUACGCGAAGAAUGGGCUUGUCAUGUUGAAUUGAAAAUUGAACCAGCGGGUUGGCAAGCCAUUUGGAAACUAAAUCGUGCAACUUGUGAAGAAUAUAAAAUCAAGUAUCCAACCGUUGUGAUGGGCACAGUUAACAAUGUUUACUUCCAAGAUUUAAUGGCAGAUUUUACAAUUAACGCGGUUCAAGACGAUGACGUCCAUUUGCCCGAGAUUCAUGAAGUACCAUUAGAAGACUUGUGGCCAACAAUUGAUCAAGAAAAUAACGAAUUAAAUAUUGAACGCACAGCUGACUGUAUCGAUGAAUUGCGAUUUUUCUAUCGCAAUGUAUGGAUGCCGUGGGACAGUGAUAGUGAUGAGGAGGUCGACUGGUGCAAAAAACACUUGGAAUCGCGAAUUCGUUUUUGUUUCGAUUUAAAGCGAGGAAUGAGCCGAGAAAUGGCCGACUAUAUACGUACACUUUUGGCUGAAGCUCGUUAUAUUAAAAACAAACGUGAAAUCAUGGAACUGGAAAUGAGCGACAAUGAAGAUGCCGAUGAAGAUCCAGAAAAAAUUGAAGAUUUUUUGCGGAUGCAGCUGCGAAUGAUUCAAAUUCGCAAUGAAAUUGAAGUGCUGGAAAAUCCUGUAUUGCGUCGAACAUACGAAAAUAUUAAUUUCAAAGUCAAACCGAAUAAUAACAACGAUCAGAAGGCGAAAGUGUACAGCGUCACGAAUGGAACACUAGACCGACAAUUAGAAUACUUCGAAUCAAUAAGAAAACUGGUCGAUGGAAGAGAAUCUGUUACAUUUCUGCCAUCACUAAAGGAUUGUUUAAAAAUGUGUACGCCGCGUGACUACAUUUAUUUGCCACCUGGCCGGCACAGUGUCAAAUGGGUAGAUCCGUUGAAUUCGGGUGGCUUACUAAAAGCGGUAUCAGCUUUGGAAAAUAACAAAGCCGAUGGUGACAUCAACAUGAUUGAUUCAAAGGAAAUGGCCAUCGUUACAACAGAAGAAAGUGGCAGUGUGUUCCUGUCAGCUGACGGUGAUUAUACUAUCGAGAAUGUAAUUCUCGAUUGUCAACAGGUUCGACUUGGCAUCUGGAUUAAGAGUGGAACACUCACACUGAGAAAUUGUCAACUAUUUGGCAAUCGAUCAUCGACUGGUAUUGGAAUUGCUAUCACUGAAAACGCCAAGUGCAUUCUGGAGCAUACAGUCAUUAAAAACGUUGGAACUGGCAUCACAUGUGCAGCCGGCAGCACUUUGAUUAUGAACCAAUCAACUCUUUCAAACUGUGGAAUAAGUUUGGAAAUGGGCGAUGAAACAAAUAUUCAAUUUGACAAAUCUCAAAUGGUCAACAGCAAUAAUUCCGCUAUAUUGUUUAAAACAAAAGCCGAAAAUGUAUUUGAAAAAGACGAAAAGAAAAAGAUCAUCUCCGACUGUGGUGAAUUGCGAACAUUGAUUCCAUCAUUUAUUCUAAAUGGAGAUUGCACAUUUGUCGGCAACAAAAAUGGAAAUAUCGCCGUGGUUAAUCAUACAAACGUGGUGGCAUUACAACAUGGCGAAUUUCUGGAAGAUAACUACGAAAAAAGUGGCUUCAAAGACACAGAUGAUGUAAGCAUGCUAAAUGUCAAAAUUACAAAUGGUGAAACAUCACCCAUUAUCAUCGAUGACACAGAUGACCAAGAGCCAAGCUCAUCGAAUGAUGAAAGCUAUCAUGAUAAUAAAAUGGCGAACAUUUCAAUCAUUUCAAUCGAUUAGAAUCGAAAAUUUACCUCCAAAUUAACAUAAUUUACUCAUACCAAACUGAUGCCAUAAAAUCAUUGGACAUUCAACAUAUCUAACAUACAUCCAUUUUCAGUUCAUUUCAUACGACUAACAACUUCAUGGGUCAUUUUAAUUAUCGGUGCUUAAUUUCAAUAUGAAGUAAAAAGUAUAUUAAAAUUUGGUUUUCUCUAUUUUUCGUUAGACAGAAAACCGAUAUGAACUGCGAAUGGAUGUAUCAGUUUGAAUGUUCAAAUAUGAUCUAAUCUUUUAUAUUUGACAAGAGUCAACUUCAUGCCAAUCGCACAAAAUACGAGUAUUAUGACAUUUCAAUAGACAUAGUGUCAACAGUCAAACCAAUAUCAGAAAUAUAAGCAUUUUAAGAGAAUUUUAUAAAAAAAAUCAAAAGCAAUAAACAAAUUCGUAUAGUAA